UAUCAACCUCUAUGGACAUUUGUUGGUGCUGGAUUAAAGACAUUUGAUGAGUCUGCUAAGACUAUGAAAGAAGUACUUCCAGAAGAUGCUGAGUGGAUUAAAAAUAAAGCUACAAAAGUUGACCCUGAAAAUAAUACUGUCAUAUUACAAGAUGGUCAGCAG